CACAACCUCAUCUCUCACACUAUUUGAAUGCAGUCUCCACACCUGUGCCGCAAGAUCUUGUGCUACAACUCAGUUAGGUAUUCUCGAUUGAGACAAGCCAUUGGGGAUAUCCAAACAUGACAUCCAACCCUAACCACCACGCCGAAGAAGCUUCCAAGCUCGAGAAGCUGCUGCAAGGUCGCAGCGAUGUUAAAGAGCUCCAAGAGAAGGGUAUCCUCAAGAACUCCACUGCUGCUCCCGCCUUGCAGGCUGCGCAGGCGGAGCUGAUCAAGCACCAGCUGGAGGAUCGUCUGGAGGGCAAGUUGGAGAGGCGCCCCGAUCGCGCAGAGCUGGAGAGACUCGGCAUUCUCAAGGAUGAUGCGGAGGAUGCUUCGGUGACGCAGGCAAAGAAGGAAGAGUUGGAGAAGCAGCUCAAAGCUGAUGGAAUCCUCAAGUAGAGAGGGAGAGGCUGCUGGUGAUCUUGGCCAAUCGCUGCUGUGAGGUAUUGUCGCCCACUUUCAGACCGGGACGUUGUGUAUCGUCAUUGCUCAUGACAACGGCAUGUAUGCACGUAUCGACGCAUGCCAAUUCCAGGCGUUCACAUUCCGCGCUUCAGACUCGUGAAUACCGAUGCUUCAAGCGAU